AUGGAGAACGAUUCCGCAGCCACUGAUAAGUCCAUCCGGAAGCCUGAUCGGGACAUGUCAAGAUCAGACUUCGAAGUGCUGGGUGUCGUGCCCUCGAAUGCCCUCGACACCCCUCCCUCCAACGCACCCGAGAGCAGCACAUCCGAGAUGAAUGUCCCUGCGAAGCUCAAGGAGAAGGGGAAAGUCGUCUCGAAAUCCAGCAAGAGCCACCACCACCACCACCACCACCACCACCAGAAGGAUUCCGAAAACCUGGAGCCUGGCCUCGAGAAAUCCGACCCCAUUUCUCCACCCCCACCGGACGACAACGAAAAGCAAAUCUCCCGUCUACCGGAGGACGACUACGACAGCGAGACGCAAGGAGACAUUCCUCCCCCGGGAGAAGCGAUCGAAAAGCACGACUCGGGCACGGCAGGCUCCGAUUUCGAAGUGGGAGGCCUGAUCGGCAUGCGGAGCGACGAUUCGGGCCGGAAAUCGCCGGUCCGGGAGAAGAAACCGCAGUUGGAACGACACAUUUCUGCGAUUCCGCAGAGUGAUGAUGAGGAAGAUGCGGGUGCGGGUGGUGGGGGCGCCCGGAGGAGGUCGAGGUUGGAGAGGACGAUUUCGAGGGUUCCGCAGGAUUGA